AACUGUCAGAUUUUAUCAAUUGUUUGUCAAACAAAAUGAACAUGAGAUGUGCAAAACAGUUGAAUAUUAGUUAAAAUUCUAUAAUGUACGUGCCUUUAGCGGCUAAACAUAAAGUAAAGUGUACAAUUAUCGUGUGAUGAAUUAGAUUUAAGUGAUUAUCAGACAUGUGCGUAUUCCCAGUGCUAUUUGCUUUGUCGCUGUUGUGUUCACCGAUCGGGGCGGAAGUGAGCGAUACAGACCUCAAUGACUUGUCUGAGCAACAGAAUGCAGUGAAAAUAAACAAAUGCUGCGAGCCCAACGAGCUCAUGAUCGAUUCAAGAUGCCGCCUUGCCGAUUCUAUCAACAAAACUACAUGGGAGCCAAAGUUCAAAACCGAAGAUGGAAAAGAUACCAAAAUGAAAUACUUUCGAUAUGUUCCUGGAGUACCUGACUGUGAAACUACACAGCAAAGAGCCAUUUUCUCUUUAGAGAAUUCCGAAGAUGAGUUACAACUUCUAUCUGAUGGUCGGCUGCGGCACCUGAUACAUCACUUGCACAACUCAGGCACCGUCAUGGAAGACCCACUGCUGGCCAACAGUUUCAGCAUACAUGACAACAUCCCUAUACCAGCGGUGGAGCAACCCGCUUCUUACGACCAUGCUCAAGGAAAAUACUGCUUAGAUAAGAUAUUUAUGUCAAAAACAAACAUAACCGCACUGUAUGCCUUGGUGUGCGUACCGGAAGUAAAGAUUAACUGGAGUGACACAGACUUUAUCAUGAAGAAGAUCUUAAACCCGUUGUUUCAUGCUAUAAAUAUGAUAUUGCUCCUGCUAGUGGCGAUCAUAUACUUUGUACUGCCAACGUUGCGAGACCUAGCAGGAAAUAUUAUCACUACAAUAAAUGUGUGCCUCAUCUUCGCCCAGGCAGCUGAUCUGGUCAGGAUAUUUACUGAGCUCAGUAAUCAUGUGAGCUUUAUGAUUGCCGAUAUAGUUUUGUAUGUGAGCCUUUUGGGUGUUUUCUUCUGGCUGAAUAGUUACGGUUUUUACAUCUGGAAGACUUUUAAGUCCCGUAACGUGUUUCUCCGUGUGACGGACGUGCGCAAGUACUGCUACUACUCGAGCGUGAUCUGGUCGUGCGUGAUCGUCAUGACGGGCAUGGCCAUCUGCGCCCACUUCUUAUUAGACACCAGCAACAACCCUUACAGGAAAACAAGGACGCAGUUCUCGUCCUCGAUACUGACCGAUGACUACGAACAGGAGACCAUUGGUUGGCUCGGAAUAGCAAUAUUCUUCACUCCAGUGGCUUUCACAAUCAUAUUCAACAUAUUCUUUUACGUAACUACUGUAAAAGUUAUCAAGAGGAUAAACAUUUAUGGACGAAUACAUUAUAAACUAAAGGGAUGCUUCGACCUAUUCCUGCAACUCUUCCUAAUCCUGGCCAUAUGGUGGUUAUUCCUUCUCCUCUCGUGGCUCCACUUCGACGGGCUGGUCUACGCCUACAUCGUGGUGAACCUGUUCCAGGGCGUGUUGAUAUUCUACGUGUGCGUGUUGCGUCAGUCACACGUCACGUUCCUGUUGCGUAAGAGCUGCUGCUACGCGGAGCCCGUGCCCACCGGCGAGUGGGGGGAUGAGAUGACGCACAUGAAUGGAGGCCCGUAUGGAUAUUGAGAAUGUAAGAAAGUAAGAAUGUACAGUCAGCUGCAUAAGUAGCUAAACACUUUUGAACCUUGUCAAACUAACUGCCUAUUCAUUCAUUCAAACAUUGACGAUUUGUUUAUGAUGUAGUUUGACGAGGCACAAAAGUGUAUACCUACUUAUGCAGGUGACUGUAUUUGCCCUUUCGUUGUGGACUCAUUUGAUUUCAAGUUUGACUGUUGUAAACAAUAAUUGGCAGAGAAGAUUUCAUGAGAAAAAUAAUGUAAAAUAUGUAAUUAUGUCCCUAUUUGCCACUAGCGUCGGAUAAGUGACAAACUCAUAAACUUUGCAUAGCUUUAAAAUGUCGAAUAGCUUAACUUUAAAAGGGAAGAUGAAUAAGUACCGUGUCCACUAUUUAAACAAAAUGUUUUGUAACAAUUUUUUCACAUCAAGUAUGUUAAAAAGAUUGUGUAACUGUGUACGAGAAAUUGAUGUUUAUAAACCUAUUUAGUAUGUCUGAAUGAAAUAUGUGAUGGAUUUAUGAAUCAAGAUGGUUAUACAUUUGUUACGUAACUGUAAGUCAUUAACUUAGGUAGGACGUAGGAGUAACAUAUUAAAAACCUAUACAUACAAAUUUUCUUAAAUAUAUCUUGUCUUUAGAUAUUCUGGUCACAAAUCAUUCUUCAUCAGCCAUUUUGAAUAGUAUUCGAAUAUAACAUUACUUACUAAAAUAAAAUUAAGAACGAUGUGAAGCCGGUUGAAUCUCGUAAAUUAAGUAGACUUUAGAAGAAACCUUAUGAAUUUGCAGCCUUAAAUGUUGACAUUUGCCUUAUGUAUGCCUUACACUGAGUGCCUUCAGUCAGUAUUGUAUAGUUACAGAAUCCGCGAAGAACGCUUUAAUAGCAGCUAGCUAAUUAAAAAAACUACUAUAAUUAAUGUGAUAAAAUUAUAAAUUUUGAGUGCUCACAAAAGUUACUUAAAUAUUAACACUGCACGAUUGAAUCAAUGGCACUUUUGGUUAGGAAAAUUAAAAUAAGAUAUUGGUAUUCAAUGUAUGCUACGAAUUUUAUACAAAUGACAUUAUGCAAAGUAUUUUUGAAUUUAUGAUGUUGUGUGUUUUUAAAAUUAAAAUAGUUUUGCCUACGGAAGGGGCUUAUCUUAAGUUACAAUUGAUUUAUGCAUUUAUAUUAAAUUCUCAUUAGGUACUUUUAUAUGCUUUUUCCGAUUCAGUCCGUCCUUUCCCACAAUUUCUUCAUUUAUAUGGCAGCUUUAGUUAGGUUAGUGAUUAUUUUAAUUUAAAUAUACAAGCUCUCUUGCACUAACAAUAUAAUUAUCCCUUUUGUAUCACUUUUACAGUAUAGCAGUAUACCGAAUUAAUUUUAUUUCUUGAUGUAUAAAAUGUAAUGUACCUAUAUCGACACAACACUAAUGUGUAAACAAAAGCAUUUAACAUAUUGUAACAUUAUACCUGAAUAAAUACAAAUAAGCGACCAAA